AUGGUAGCUGCCCUAACGGCCCUCCGCUUCGGCGGUAGGCAUCUCGCCGGACGCCAGGCUCAAGCAGUAAUGCUACGAACUCCUCGCCAGCUGUCGCCGUUGACUGCCUGUCGUCAAUGUCUACUACGGUCUGCCUCCCGCCCUCACCGUGCGGUCGUCUACCGCAGCUUUCACUCCAGUCCUGUCGCCGAGAGCAGCAACACCGACAUCCAACAGCCGCUGGAUAGUUUUCCCCGCCGACACAUUGGGCCUUCGCAGUCGUCUGCUGAGGCAAUGCUGAGCGUGUUGGACCCGCCAGUGAAGACGCUGGAUGAAUUCGUCCACCAAGUCCUGCCGGCUGACAUUCUGUCCGCAAAGGAGCUUGGCUUGGCCGCUCCCAAGGAAACUGCCCCCAAACUGCCGCGGGACAGCCUGUACGGCGGACUGGGCGAGUCAGACAUGAUCAAGUUGUUUGAGGCGUACAGGAAGGACAUUAAUACCACCGGACGAUCACACAUCGGAUGUGGUUACUACGGCACCAUCGUACCGCCGGUCAUCCAGCGAAAUGUGCUUGAGAACCCAGUCUGGUACACAAGCUACACUCCUUACCAGCCGGAGAUCAGCCAGGGCCGAUUGGAGUCUCUUCUCAAUUUCCAGACCCUCACCUCCGACCUCACCGGCCUUCCUGUUGCCAAUGCCUCCGUACUUGAUGAAGCAACCGCCGCUGCGGAGGCCAUGACCAUGUCGUGGGCCGCCCUGCCCGCGAGUAAACAAAAGCAGCCCGGGAAGAAGGCUUUCGUUGCAUCCCACCUGUGCCACCCGCAGACCCUCGCCGUUAUGAGGUCCCGUGCCCAGGGAUUCGGUAUCAAUCUGGUCGUUGGCGAUAUCAUGGCAGACGACUUCAAGCUCGUCAGGGACCAGGGCGAUAAGCUGAUCGGUGUCCUGGCGCAGUAUCCUGAUACUGAGGGUGGAAUCUAUGACUUCCAGGCUCUCGGUGACAAGAUCCACGAGCAAGGUGGCAUGUUCAGUGUUGCCACAGACCUACUUGCAUUGACGGUCCUGAAGGCACCCGGAGAGUUUGGUGCUGAUAUUGCCUUUGGUAACUCUCAGCGAUUUGGAGUUCCGAUGGGCUUCGGUGGCCCUCAGGCUGCAUUCUUUGCUUGCACUGAAAAGAAUAAGCGAAAGAUUCCCGGCCGUAUCGUCGGCGUCUCCAAGGAUAGACUCGGAAACCGUGCAUUGCGUCUCGCUCUGCAGACCCGAGAGCAGCAUAUCCGUCGUGAGAAGGCCACCAGUAACAUCUGCACCGCCCAGGCGCUUCUCGCAAACAUGUCAGCAUUCUAUGCGGUUUACCACGGACCCAAGGGCCUGAAAGCCAUCGCUGAACGUACAAUGUCUCUUACAGCCCUUCUGAGAGCGAAACUGACCGCUCUCGGAUUCAAUGUGCCCGCCAGAGGCAACAUCGGGGACAAUGGGGUUGCGUUUGACACCCUCGUCAUCGAGACUAGCUCACAGGCCGAGGCCGACUCCCUUAUGGACGCUGCCCUCGCAUCCUCCCUGUACCUCCGACGAGUCGGUUCAGCCAAAGUCGGGGUUUCCCUCGACGAGACCAUGGGCGUGAACGAUGUUGAGAAGUUGCUGUCCGUCUUCGCCAAAUUCUCGCCCUACAAGGGUGCUGAAACUAUCGACCUGGCCAAAGACGUUCAGCCUGUCCAGAUCCCCGAGACUGUGCGACGAACUUCUGCUUAUCUCACUCAUCCUGUAUUCAACAGCCACCACUCCGAGACUGAGAUGCUGCGAUACAUCCAACACCUUGGGUCCAAGGAUCUCUCCCUUGCACACUCCAUGAUCUCCCUCGGCUCUUGCACGAUGAAGUUGAACGCCACCACCGAAAUGCUGCCCAUCACCUGGCCUGAGUUUUCCUCUGUGCACCCUUUCACCCCAACCCCCGCAGUGAAGGGAUAUAUCGACAUGAUUGAGGAUCUUGAGCAGCAAUUAGCCAAUAUCACUGGUAUGGCUGAGGUUACCAUCCAGCCAAACUCUGGAGCCCAGGGCGAAUUCGCUGGAUUGAAAGCGAUCAAGAAAUACCACGACAGCCAAGGAGAGCCCGGUAAACGUAAUGUCUGUUUAAUUCCCGUUUCGGCCCAUGGAACAAACCCAGCUAGUGCUGCUAUGGCUGGAAUGCGCGUCGUCCCAGUCAAAUGCGACACCGCAACCGGUAAUCUUGAUGUUGCGGACCUUCGCGCCAAGUGUGAGAAACACAAGGAUGAACUCGGAGCUAUCAUGAUCACAUACCCAAGUACUUAUGGUGUCUUUGAGCCUAGUAUCAAGGAAGUUUGCGAAGUGGUCCACCAGUAUGGCGGCCAAGUGUAUAUGGAUGGAGCCAAUAUGAACGCGCAGAUCGGCCUUUGCUCACCAGGUGAAAUCGGCGCCGAUGUGUGUCAUCUCAACCUACACAAGACCUUCUGCAUCCCCCACGGUGGCGGCGGCCCUGGUGUUGGCCCCAUUGGUGUUGCUGAACAUCUUCGCCCAUUCCUCCCUUCUCACCCGCUCAAUGACCACCUGCUCGCGAAACGGCCUGCGUCCGUGGACUCUCCACCCAUCAGCGCUGCUCCCUUUGGUAGCGCUAGCAUCCUCCCCAUCACAUUUGCAUACAUCAACAUGAUGGGUGCUAAGGGUCUAACCCACGCAACCAAGAUCACGCUCCUUAAUGCCAACUAUAUCCUCUGCAGGCUAAAGCCACAUUUCCCGAUCUUGUACACCAAUGCCAACGGCCGAUGCGCGCACGAGUUUAUCCUCGAUGUGCGCCAGUUCAAAGCCACCGCUGGCAUUGAGGCGAUAGACAUCGCUAAGCGAUUGCAAGACUAUGGCUUCCACUCGCCAACCAUGUCAUUCCCCGUCGCCAACACGCUUAUGAUUGAGCCAACGGAGUCGGAGAGCAAGGCUGAGCUCGACCGAUUCUGCGACGCCCUCAUCUCCAUCCGUGGGGAAAUCGCCGCUAUUGAACGCGGCGAGCAGCCAAAGGAGAAUAACGUUCUGAAACUGGCACCCCAUACUCAGCGAGACCUCCUGACUACCGAGUGGGACCGCCCUUACACCAGAGAGGCUGCCGCAUAUCCUCUCCCUUGGCUAUUGGAGAAGAAAUUCUGGCCCAGCGUAGCCAGAGUUGACGAUGCAUUCGGCGAUCAAAACCUGUUUUGCACCUGCGGACCUGUCGAAGACGCCACUGACUAG